AUGACAGAACUAUCAUCGUCAUCAGACGCUGAAUCCUCUCGGGCGUCAUGCUCAAGCAGACCGCACACUCCUGAUGCUGAAGAUGUUUCCACAUACGAAGGUUUAAUGUUCUCGCUCUUCCCGCCUUCAUCUUUACCUCCAUCUGCGGUCAGCGAGUCACCGCAAGCCGACUGUGCACGCAACGGCGCCAUCGACUUGGAUGACAUCGAGAACGACGGCGACAUCAUGGAAAACGGUUUGAAACGAGCCAUGACCAAAGCAGAGAAACAAAAUGCUAAGAAGAGGAGACGGAAGGAGAGAGAAAGAAUAGCCCGAGAAGCUGCUGAAAUAAACGACCGCAACUCGGAGUUGCCGAUAGGAACAGAGGUGAAGGAUUCGACUGUACCUUUUCGACUGUUUUCUGCUUGUCCGAUACGACCUAUAAUGCUAAUCCCUCAAAGUGAUGGAUAUACUUGUCCUAUAAACCCAAGACAUCUUCCCUUGAAAUCCGAAAUUUUGAGCCACAUACGACGCAUCGCGAGCCAAUCUGGCACCGACAUGGGUCGUCUCUCCGACUCUUCUAAUUCAUGUCUACCUUCAACGAGCCUCGUGCCGAGAAAGCUGCAGAAAGAACGUACACGAAAUCUAGCAUCAGAGAUACCGACAAUUUUCGUUGCGACCACGCUCCGAUUCACCAAGACUGCUCAGUAUUUUACCGCGAUUACUGAGAACAAGCAGAAAUCAAAGCAAGUUGGUGUACCUACUAUAAGUCUGGCACGGUGCAUCGAUACGGACUAUGGCAAGCUCCAGGCGAAGAGCAAGACGCGUCGUGGUAAAAAGCGCCAAAGUCACACCAUUCCUUCUCGCUUUUGGGCUCCUCCACCUGGUUUGGGCGGGAAAGCAAGAGGGUAUGCUUGGGGUUAUAGGGAUAGUAUGGAAGGUAGGAGGGAAGAAGGUGCAUGGAAUGGAUAUGUAAGAAGCAAAGAUCGAUAG